UUGAUUAAAGCCAGCAGGCAGAAAACAUGGAGCAGCCCACAUGAAGAAGCAUGAGGAGUUUAUAUUCCUGCAAGAUGUUCCUUGGAGGACCAAGCCCACUUUUCCAGGCGCCUGGGAGAUGAAGCAUUGACCACAUGACAUUUUCAUUUCAACAAGUGCUGUGUCAGUGUUGCUUUGUGUGAAGGACAAAUAUUUAUUUCUUCACCUCACCAUGUCGGCCGUGACCCCAGAGGCCCCGAGCCCUCCUCAGCUGGAGGAGAAGCCAAAGGGAAAAUCCCUGUUCCAGCUGGGCUCCCUCUUGGCUAACAGGAGUGAGAAAUUAGUGAUUGCUCGCAGUGACAGCUUGCCAGAGGAGAAUGUCCUGAAAAUCACCAUCACAGAGACCACGGUCAUCGAGUCCGACCUGGGCAUCUGGAAUUCCCACGCCCUCAUCUACCUCACUUUGUGGUUUUUCUUCAGCUUUUGCACUCUGUUCCUUAACAAAUACAUUCUGUCCUUGCUGGAGGGAGAGCCCAGCAUGCUUGGUGCUGUUCAGAUGCUUUCCACCACCUUCAUUGGCUGCAUCAAGAUGUUUGUGCCGUGCUGUUUGUACCAGCACAAAACCCGCAUCUCCUACCCCCCCAACUUCAUCAUGAUCAUGCUCUUUGUUGGAUUAAUGAGAUUUGCAACAGUGGUCCUGGGCCUGGUCAGCCUGAAGAAUGUGGCAGUUUCAUUUGCAGAAACUGUGAAAAGCUCUGCUCCUAUUUUCACUGUCAUCAUGUCCCGGAUGAUUUUGGGGGAAUACACCGGAUUGCUGGUGAAUCUCUCCCUGAUCCCUGUGAUGGGAGGGUUGGCUCUGUGCACGGCCACUGAAAUCAGCUUCAACAUCCUGGGCUUCUCUGCAGCUCUGUCCACCAACAUCAUGGACUGCUUGCAAAACGUCUUUUCCAAAAAACUACUCAGUGGAGAUAAAUACAGAUUUUCAGCUCCAGAGCUUCAGUUCUACACAAGUGCUGCUGCUGUGGUUAUGCUUAUUCCAGCUUGGAUAUUUUUCAUGGACGUGCCUGUGAUUGGGAAAAGUGGGAGGAGCUUCAGCUACAACCAGGAUAUUGUGAUUCUCCUCCUGAUCGAUGGAGUCCUGUUCCACCUGCAGAGUGUCACAGCCUAUGCCCUGAUGGGGAAAAUCUCCCCUGUGACUUUCAGCGUUGCCAGCACUGUCAAGCACGCCCUGUCCAUCUGGCUCAGCAUCAUCGUGUUUGGGAACAAGAUCACCAGCCUGUCAGCCGUGGGCACUGUCCUGGUCACCGUGGGCGUCCUGCUCUACAACAAGGCCAAGCAGCACCAGCAGGAGACCCUGCACAGCCUGGCCAUGGCCCCGCAGCCCCCAGGGCCCACCGAGGACACCGAGCCCCUGAUCCCCACGGAUUUGGAGCCCUAUGAUUGAUGGGGCUCUGCAAGGAGACCCUCCUGGAUGGGGCUGUUCCUUUGAAUUCCUCAAAUCCUCCUGGAUGGGGCUGUUCCUCUGAGUUCCUGAAAUCCUCCUGGAUGUGGUGGUUCCUCUGAGCUCCUGAAAUCCUCCUGGGUGGGGCUGUUCCUUUCAAUUCCUCAGAUCCUCCUGGAUGUGGUGGUUCCUUUGAAUUCCUCAAAUCCUCCUGGAUGUGGCUGUUCCUCUGGUUCCUUUGAGUUCCUCAGAUCUUCCUGGAUCUGGCUAUUCCUCAAAUCCUCCUGGAUUUGGUUGUUCCUAUGAGUUCCUUUGAGUUCCUCAAAUCCUCCUGGAUGUGAUUGUUCCUUUGAGUUCCUCAAAUCCUCCUGGAUGCGAUUGUUCCUUUGAGUUCCUCAAAUCCUUCAGGAUGUGGCUGUUCCUCUGAGUUCCUUUGAGUUCCUGAAAUCCUCCUGGAUGUGGCUGUUCCUCUGAAUUCCUCUGAGUUCCUGGCAGGUCUUACCCAGGAUUUGAAGCUAGAAGGAGCUGGGAAGGAUCCAGGAAAGCCUUGGGAAUCUGAUGCUCCUAAAAGAGGACCUGGAACGUGGUAAAUGUGGGCUUUGCUGUCUCUCUCUGACUCCCAAUCACAUCCAAGCCUGUGCUGGUGGAAGAAUUUCGGUGUCCUGUGGGAGAACAAUUCCUGUCUCCCUCCACAUCCAAACAAUGUGAAAAUGGGGCCCCACCACGGAAUUCUGCUGGCAGAGGGAUGGAAUUGGUGCCUCGUGGAAGUUUGUGGCUGUUGCUCUGCCUUUCCUGCAUCCUCCCUUAUUCCUGAGUGCUGGAGAGAUGGAAGGAGGUCCAAGGAGGAGAUUGUCCCACCCUGACCUCGCCUCAAGCCCUGAGGGCUUUUUGGGCUCCCAAAAAUUACCAGAUCUCCAGGAGCACUUGGACAGCACAAGAAGGGAUUUUUGGGGUGGAUUUUGGUUUCUGUACAGGGCAGGAGUUGGACUGGAUGGUCCUUGUGGGUCCCCUCCCACUCAGGAUAUUCCAUAAUUCUAAGAGGGAUUGGAAUUCCCACCCUUCUCUCCCAAAAAAAUCCCAACUUUAUAGGUUUGCUUGAAGCAAACUGUGGGAAAUAAGCUGUGGUGAGCACCUGCUGCUGGCUACAAAUCCAGGAUUUGUAGUGGUUUAAAAUGUAAAAAUUGAAUGUGGAAAUAUUGCAUUCUUAUAAUUCGUUGGCAAAAAUGAAAUGCAAAUAUUCACACAUGUACCCUGUGUAAAUGGAGUGUUGAAUUCAGUAUUUGUAGUUGCUUAAGAGUUAAAAAAACAACCACUGAAAAUUGUGGUGAUAAAGGAAGCAGGAUCUCUGUAUUUCUGUAAAAAACCAUUUUGUUGUUUUAAUUUCAUUUUAUUAUGCAUGAGGAAAGAAAUUGAUGGGGUUUUUUAUAUUAUUUCUAAGAGUGCAGCAAAAGGCUGCCUUUUAGAAUCUCAGGGUUAUGAGUCUGACCUGUGUGUAAAAUAUCUUAUUUCUGAUUAUAUAAAGAAAUCUCAUAGGCAUCUGUGACAGAUGGCAGGAAUAUUAACCAUAAACUGAGGCAAAUCUUUAUUUCUGCUGCUUUCAAGUUUCCUUUUUUUUUAAAGGAAAUUUGUUUUUGUGGUAGAUCAAAGAUUAAAAGUUAACUUUCCUUUUCAAAAUUCUGAAGAACAGUCGGCUUUGACAAAAAUAAAGCACACAUGUAGCUACAAAAACAUUCACAUGAACUUUUUGGGAACAAAACUUCCAUUAAAAUGAGUGGAUUUUAAUAACUGCUACUAUUCUGGAAGGUUGGAGCAUGGAUAUAUAGUGGUCUUUAUGGUAAAAAUAAUGGUUAACAGGAAAAUACAAGUGGAAUUCUGUAAAAUUAGAUUUCCACAUCUCAGUGACUACCUGGGGCAGAUGCCCCAAAGAUCUGAGGGAGAAAAAUGCCAAUUUUUUCAUCCUUGUGUAUGUGAUAUGUCUGUGGUAUUUUGUUUUCUUUUGUACUCUUGUCAUUUUUAUAAAAGCUGUGGACUGUGGA